AUAUUAAUCACCGAAAAAAACUGACAAGGUCCCUUGCUUCCAUGAUACCUGACCGUGCACAAGACACGGGCAGUAUAAGUCAGUCACUCACCAGCUGUGUGUAAAUCUUACUUAAAGUUCAAACAAGAUGCGUUUUUCAAUUUCACUGAAGUACGUCCGCGGGCAACAUUAUUUGUGGCCCCUCAUGGGCUGGUAGGGCGCACUGAACAUUCGCAAAACGUGAAUUUAUGUGCAGUGGCGGCGUUUCUUUGGCAAUAGGCUUUUGCAUCCGGUCAGAAAAAAUCCAUAUUCCCGUAGACAGACGGCUAUUUGGUAGGCAGUAUUGACAUUCAUUUACUGCCCACAUGUUCACAGCCGCCGGAGUAGUUCAUCAAGCACCAUCAAAUCCACGACAGCGUGGAAAAACAAUGUCGUACUUGUACGACUUAGAGAAAUUUAAUAUGCACAGCAUCUGCAGUCGGCCGAUAUCAGAUUUUCUUUUCAAAACUUGUUUAAACAAGGGAAAACCUAUCCUACGACGUCAGCUGCAGAAGGAUUGACUUACCAUCAAUUGACCGAUAAACUGUGAACAUUUAAGAUUUACAUAAUUUCUAUAUCGUAUCAUUAACUGGUGCAACGCACUGUUUUUGACACGAUGUUUCCACGCGCGGUGAAGAAGUUGAAGACUAUACUCUUGGUUAUAUUGCUGGUAAUAAUGCUGGCCCAAUACAACACCAUUAUCAAGUUCAUCCAACGCCGGUUUGAUCGACGGCAGUACUACGCUGCCGAAACCUUGAGAAUCUUCCAGAUUUCGAACAAAUCAAAAAAAGCUUCGACCAGGAUGCCAAAGAUUUUUAUUGCAGCCCAUCCAGUGAGAACAAGUGAGUAUUCGACCACACCGCCAAAGAUAUCGACUACAGCCCAUCCAGUGAAAACAAGUGAGGAAUCGACCACACCGCCAAAGAUAUCGACUUCAGUCAUUACAGUGGGCUACCGAUUUACUGACAGACAACGAUACGCGACAAAAAUAUGUCGCAAUCUUUUCGCAGGUAAAAAAAAAACGAUCAAUAUGGCCAAAAAAAUAAAAAACUCACUGACAAACACGGUAUUUGACGGAGCGUACAUCAACAUGACGAAGAACUGCAGUGAAUUCAUCCAAAGUCGUGGAUAUAUCAUGCGAGCGCUCUCUAAGGAGGAGGCGGACUUUCCCCUCGCGUACAGCAUUCUAAUGUACAAAGAUGUGGUCCAGGCAGAACGUUUGCUCCGCGCCAUUUAUUUCCCUCAGAACUAUUACAUCAUUCAUGUGGAUCCAAAAGCGAAGCGAGUUGUGAAAGACGCUGUUAGAGGAAUAGUGAAUUGUUUCCCGAAUGUCUUGGAGGCAAAAAACCCGUUCAAUGUGGCUUGGGGAAGAAUAAGUCUACUGCAGGCAGAGCUGACUUGUAUGAGACAGUUGCUGCCGUAUAAGAAAUGGAGAUAUUUUAUUAAUCUGACCGGGCAGGAAUACCCUCUUUGGAGCAAUCGGGACAUAGUCCGUACUCUGAUGGCCUUUAAAGGGGCCAACAACAUAGAAUCAAGGGGCCUUCCAAAGUCUCGAGUGUUCGGGUUUAGAUAUAACUGGGUCUACAAAAACAACCAGCGGACAAAUAUGACAAAAGGUCCCCCGCCAUUCAACCUCACCAUAAUCGCGGGAAACGUCCACAUCAUCGGCUCCAGGCGGUUCGUCGAGUUUGCUCUGCGUGAUAAGAGGGCGUUGGGGUUGCUAGACUGGUUGAAUGACACUUAUAUUUCUGAUGAGGCUUUCUUCUCCACGUUGAAUUACAAUCAUGGACUGAAGGCUCCUGGAGGCUACCUGGGCGCUCCUCCGGAUCCACCCGGCGAAAUACCACAAGUAGCCGACACUCCAUUCCUGACCCGUUAUAUAAAGUGGAAGUAUUCUCCAAAUUACCUCUACCCGACAUGCAUGGGGUGGUAUCAGAGACAUGUGUGUAUCCACGGGGUUGGCUCGCUUCACCAGCUCGUCAAGCGGAAGGAAUUGUUUGUCAACAAGUUUCAUUUAGAUUACGAGCCUUUGGGUUUGGAUUGUUUAGAGCAACUUCAUUGGAACCGAACAGUUCUCUCCGCCACUGAAAACUAUUCAUUCAAUGACACUGAGAUCGCUCGAUUAUCAUUUGUUGUGAAUCAAACUCGCGUCUAAAAACACAUGUUCUCAAAUCUGAAAGGAGCAAACGAACAUAUGUAUGAACAACGAAAUAAA